AUGACACUAAUCUCGAAUAAACUGAGACGAGUAUCAGGCAACCCCACAAUCAGUCCAAUCCCCUCAUUGCCACCAGUAGAUGACUCCUCAACACCCAAAAUCCAAAUCAUUGCUGAUUACCUGGUUGACACAUUUGCUUCCAACUCCUCCGACACAAAUUACUCUGCAGCCUUCUUAACUAUCAACAAACUACUUCUUUGGUUUGAGAAAAGCGGUUUCAAAUUCUCCAUGACUAAAUCACAGUUUAUGCUCUUCAGCAAGGGCUAUAGUAUCAACCACAAUGCCCUUAAUUUUCAAUCAGAUGAAGAUACUUGGACUAACAUUGAUAACAAACUGAUAACUUUGAGAAAAUUGUACCCAAUCCAAAACAUGGCCAUUCGUACAGCCACCGGAGCCUUCAAAACCAGUCCAGCGUCAAGCCUACAAGCUGAAUCAGACAUUCCACCGCUGCCCUAA